AUGGCAGAUAAGGACAGCGUGGAGAAAUACUUGGAGAACAACCCGCAGUUCGCCAAAGAGUACUUCGAUAAGAAAGUUCGUGCCGAGGCCCUGACUGCUGCUUUCUCUGAGACUCUUGACAUUAAGGACACAGCUUCAUUUAAGGAUGUUAACGCCAUUCAGGAGGCCAGCAUCAUCUUUGAGCUGCUCCAGGAGCUGCAGAAGCAGACGUGCAUGGAGAAGAGCCUCCAUAAGGUGCUGCAGAGAAUCGUCCUCAUCUUGCAGGCUGACCGGGCCAGCUAUUACAUCUGCCGCUCCAGAAAUGGAAUCCCUGAGCUCUCCACCUGCCUCUUUGACGUGACUCCAACGUCCAAGUAUGAGGCCAACUUGGUGAACCCACAGAGUGAGAUUGUGAUCCCCACUGACAUGGGAAUAGUGGGCCACACAGCCACUUCAAAGAAACCACAAAAUGUCCCUGACAUCACUAAGAAUUCAAAGUUCUGUGACUUUGUGGAUAAGCAGACCGGAUACAAGACCAAAUGCCUGCUGACAUUCCCCAUAAUGGCUGAUAAAGACUGUCUCGGAGUCGUCAUGGCGCUUAACAAAAUAGGAGCUGAUUCGUUCACUCCAGAGGAUGAGAAGCUUUUCCAUAAGUACAUGACUUUUGCUCAAGUCAUCGCUCUGCAGUAUUACACAGCCUACAUGUUCAAUGUGGAGUCCAGGAGGAGUCAGGUGCUGCUUUGGUCUGCUAGCAAAGUCUUUGAAGAGUUGACAGACAUAGAAAGACAGUUCCACAAAGCUCUCUACACAGUCAGGACCUACCUGCAAUGUGAACGUUACUCAGUGGGGCUGUUGGACAUGACCAAAGAAAAGGAAUUCUACGAUGAGUGGCCUAUUAAACUAGGAGAUGUGGAACCUUAUAAAGGACCCAAGACCCCAGAUGGCAGGGAAAUUAACUUUUACAAGAUCAUUGAUUACCUCCUAGAAGCCAAAGAAGAAAUCAAAGUCAUACCGGGUCCCCCCGCGGAUCACUGGGCUCUGGUGAGCGGACUGCCAACCUAUGUGGCGGAGAACGGCUUUAUUUGCAACAUGAUGAAUGUUGCCGCAGAUGACUACUUCACUUUCCAGAAAGAGGCUGUGGAUGAAACGGGUUUCAUCAUCAAGAAUGUCCUUUCCCUUCCCAUCGUCAACAAGAAAGAAGAAAUCGUGGGCGUUGCCACCUUCUACAACAGGAAGGAUGGAAAACCUUUUGACGAGUACGACGAGCAGAUCACUGAGGCCCUGACACAGUUCCUGGGUUGGUCUGUGCUGAACUGCGACACCUACGACAAGCUGAACCGUAUGGAGUGGAGGAAAGACAUUGCCCAGGAGAUGCUGAUGUACCAGACCAGAUGCACCACGGACGAAAUGCAAUCCAUUCUGAACACCAAGGAGAAGUUUGACGCAGACCCUGAGGACUGUGACCAGAAGGAGAUGUACAAAUUACUGAGGGCAAACUGCCCGCCGGCAGACAACGUGGAUGGAGAGAAUUUGUACUCGUUCGGCUUCAGCGACUUCCCCGUCUCAGAGUUAGGCCUCAUUAAAGCUGGCAUUCGCAUAUUCUUUGAGCUCGGAGUUGUCGAAAAGUUUAAAGUUCCUGCAGAGACGCUGACUCGGUGGAUGUAUACUGUGAGAAAGGGUUACCGUGCCAUUACUUACCACAACUGGAGGCAUGGUUUCAAUGUGGGCCACACCAUGUUCUGCUUACUACAGACAGGGAGGUUGAGGAAGUACUAUUCUGAUCUUGAUGCCUUCGCCAUGGUGGCUGCAGCUUUUUGCCACGAUAUUGACCACAGAGGAACAAACAACCUCUAUCAAACAAAGAGUGCAUCUCCUCUGGCCAAACUUCAUGGCUCCUCCAUCAUGGAGAGACACCAUUUGGAAUACAGCAAAACGCUCAUGGGAGAGGAGAGCUUGAACAUCUUCUGCAAUCUGCAGAAGCGUCAGUUUGAGACGGUGCAGCACUUGUUCGAUGUCUGCAUUAUUGCCACUGAUCUGGCCCUUUACUUCAAGAAAAGAACCAUGUUCCAGAACAUUGUGAAUGCCACAGAACCAAUGCCAGAGGAAAAGGAGGCCAUCGCCUACAUUUCUAACAAUCCCAUCAGGAAGGAAAUUAUCAUGGCCAUGAUGAUGACAGGCUGCGACCUGUCAGCCAUCACCAAACCCUGGGAGGUGCAGAGCAAGGUGGCUCUAAUGGUUGCUGCUGAAUUCUGGGAACAGGGUGAUUUGGAGAGAACUGUUUUGGACCAGCAGCCAAUUCCCAUGAUGGAUAGAAACUGUGCCGAACAACUACCCAAGAUGCAAUGUGGUUUCAUCGACUUUGUGUGCUCAUUUGUGUACAAGGAGUUCUCCAGGUUCCACAAAGAGAUCCAGCCCAUGUUUGACGGCCUGAACAACAACAGGGCACACUGGAAUGAGCUGGCUGAGGUGUACAACGCAAAGAUGAAGGCAAUUGAAGAUGAAAAGAAGAAGUUGGAAGAGGAAGAAGCCAAGAAAGCUGGUGGUGGUGGUGGUGAAGCAGGAAAGUCAAAGACUUGUACCAUCUGUUAGGCUUCUUCUCUUCAUGGACCUGGACUAUUAUGGACUGCUUAGGACUGAUAUCUACAUCUCUAGUCUUUUCUGGUCUGAAAAGUCUUUCCAAAGCCAUGUGAUUUUGGCAUUUUGGCCUGCGCUUCAUAAGCUAGUUCUCUCUUUUCUGACCCUGCAUCCUAGUCUGCUCCAGUUUUCUUCAGCUAGGUUAGCUACACUGGACAGGAAUGCAUGAGCAGGAGGAAACCUGAGCUGGAAGUAACAUUGGGACUUUGCACAGAGAAGAUCUCAUUGAGAAGAAAUGAGUGAAACCUCCUCCUCCCUCUGGUUUUAAGUGGCACCUGGCCAGGGACAUAAAAAAACAUUGAAACUCACAAUAUACUUGUAAGAUAGUAAUAUUUUUAGGCCUGUCUGAAAUCAUGUUGCAAUAAAUUUACACAAACCUCUUAGUAUAGACAAUUAAAAUAGAUAAUUACGAGCUAUGCCAAAGUAAUAGCAUUUAGUAUGUCUUUGGCAUUUAUAAGAACAAUGUAUAAAAGUACUUUAAGCUGCAAAAUGCACUUGGUUGCUGCUGUUUUACCAGCCGACCCACAGAGAGAGUGAAGGCCAACUGGGAGGAUAAAGACUUUUCUAAUGUAGUGAAGGGGAGCUGUUAAGAGCAUUUAUACAGAAAUAUAAUUUUAUUCCCUUCAGCGCAUAGAGAGGGAAAAUUCAAUCUGCUAGCUUUGUUCAUAAUGUAAUGGCAAUAGCACAGUGAACACUGGCACCAAACUAAUUAGGGAAGAUGAGUUCCUUCCU